AUGCUUAAGCGAGAUGACAAGCUGCGCGCUAAUAAUAACCUGCUGGCUUAUUCCUCCACAUCCGGUCCUGAGCAACAGGAAGCCCCUGCAGCAGACAAUGACCUUAGGAAUGAUCUAUGGUUACGGAAAAGAUCCAACAUCCAAUCACAUGGAAGAACACAAGGUACCUGGAAGCGUGUUGGAUCGUUGACUGAACUAGCUGCGGCUGGUAAUUGUGUAAAACUAAGUUCCUGA